UAUUUGCGUUUAGCGGAAGUAGCGUCAGACAUUUCCUCGUCGUUACGUCAAAAUUGUACCCCAGCGCUUCACAGCUGGCAAAACAAUCCGCGUAAACCAUUUUAAUGCUAAACUACAAUGAGCACCAGAAUCAAACUAUAGACAGUAGAAUCUUGAAAUUGUAGCCGCUAAGCUUUCUGACUGUAUUCUUGUACCUGUUAGUGCAAAACAAUGUCGGCAUCACAAGGAAGCACAAACACGAACACGGAACCAUGGGGUAGUUUUGAUGACAAUAUAAUCCAGGGCAGCGGUUCGGCAGUGAUAGACAUGGAGAAUAUGGAUGACACCUCUGGUUCCAGCUUUGAGGAUAUGGGGGAGAUGCAUCAGCGUAUGAAGGAGGAGGAGGAGGUGACGGCCGAGGCAGCAGCUACGGAGGAGGACAACGGAGAAUAUGGAGAGUUCCUCGGGAUGAAGGGCUUGAAGGGACAGUUGGGCAGACAGGUUGCCGACGAGGUAUGGCAGGCAGGAAAGCGGCAGGCCUCAAAAGCAUUUAAUCUCUAUGCCAAUAUUGACAUUCUCCGGCCGUACUUUGAUGUGGAGCCUAAUCAAGUCAGAAACAGGUUGGUCGAAUCCUUGAUCCCAGUCCGAAUGAUCAACUUUCCACAGAAAGUUGCUGGAGAGCUGUAUGGACCAAUGAUGCUGGUGUUCACGAUGGUGGCUAUUCUGCUCCAUGGCAUGAAGACAUCAGGAACUGUCAUUAGAGAGGGUACGCUGAUGGGAACUGCCAUUGGAACCUGUUUUGGAUACUGGCUGGGAGUGUCCUCCUUCAUCUAUUUCCUUGCUUACCUGUGCAACGCUCAGAUUACCAUGCUGCAGAUGUUGUCUUUGCUAGGUUAUGGUCUCUUUGGCCACUGUAUGGUCCUUUUCAUCACUUACAAUGUCCACUUCCACUCGCUCUUCUACAUUCUCUGGCUGGUGAUCGGAGGACUCUCUACUCUACGCAUGGUGGCUGUGCUGAUUUCCCGUACUGUUGGUCAGACUCCUCGCCUCAUCUUGUGUGGAACCCUUGCUGCUCUUCACAUGCUCUUUCUGCUCUACCUGCACUUUGCUUACCAUAAGAUGGUUGAAGGUAUUCUGGAUACCUUGGAAGGACCCAACAUCCCACCCAUCCAGAGAGUGGCCAGAGAUGUUCCCAUUGUUGCAAAUGCUGCUGUAAAUGCAACCAUCAAGUCAAUAGCUGCAUUUGUACAGUCACAGUGAUUAUAUAUUUUUCUUCUGGGAUUGGUCACACAGUCCAGUGAGGCUGGUGUACAUAUGUAAGGUCAGGGCAAAACAAAAUCAUGGGGCAGUCUCUGUUGAGCACCUUGGGCCUGAGCUCAGUUCGUAUCGUAUGUUGUUCCUGACGCUGUCAUACAGACCUAAAAGGAUGUUCUUAGGUCUAGAUGGCUUCACUUCAUUUUGGCUCAUUAUUAUGAGACGCACACUAUCCCAUUCACUCUACACUUGUCUUAAUAAUUUUUUGCUAAGUGUUACAGUCUAUAUGACCUGCUAAUAUUAGAAUGGUUUAUUCAGAAUAUGUAUGGAUUCCUUAAGGAUGCUGAUACUAAUAAUUAUUCUUCAAAAACCCUGCUGACAUUAAAUGCAGCCGGAUGUUUGCACUCCGUGAGAGUGCACUGAUUGGACCGAUUGUCCUCACAAACUGUCUCAGUUACUGAGUGACAUUACACAACACUUCUGUUUUUAGAUCUUGUUGCAUAAUUUGUUUUUUAGAUAUUUUCACAGUUGUAAAGGAAGUCUUUAUCAAGAUUCGAUAGAGAAAUCUUGAUCGGAAGGCGAAGUGCAUAGAAAUACAAUGAUAUUUUAUUUGAAGAUGAGAAAGAUUGUUAUGGUGCAUGCAGUCUUUUUUUCCUAAUCCAUAUUUAACCAGCCAUUGUGGUGCAGUCUGAUUCCUGCUAUUUAAAGCUAUGGUUGGGGGUGAGGGUUUCCUGCUCUCUCAUUAUGUUGUCUUUUACAUGUGAGCUUCUUAUUUAAAGGAUUCUUGUAAAGAGAAAAUAAAGAAAUACUGUUGUCCUUA